AUGAGUAGCGAUAAUUUAAGAAAGGGAUUGAUUAACGAUAGCUUUGGAGACUUCGGGAGUUUCGCGGAGACCCUAAUGCCAGAGGAGAAGAAAACAAUGAGAGAAAAAGCAGGAUUCUUCGGGAAAAUGUUUGUCUCCUGGAUCUACCCUACUUUGUAAAAUUUUCUGUUAACCCAAGGAAAUUAGCCUAAAGUCAACCAUUGGAGAUUGAAACAAUACAACCUCUGGCAAAGACUGAGAAAUCCAAAUAUCUUUACGAGAAAUUCAAAAAUUAAUUGAUCCUUACCAAGAGAGGCGAGAAUACUAUAUUCGAGGCUUUGUUUCACACAUUUUAGAAGAGAAUCAUAAUUACAUUUAUUUGGUUAGUAAUUUCAGCCAGCACUGCAGUUGUUAUUCCAAUUAUGAUUAAGAAUAUUAUUGACUACAUUACCAUGUAAGAAGAGGAUUAUGUAUAUGCUACCAUAAUAAUUGCAGUUAUCAUGAUAUCAAGAGCAAUUAAUAUGAUUUCAAAUGCUUAAGCUAGAUUAGAGAUUGUAAUUAAAUUGAAUAUUUUAAGAGAGCCUUCGGUUUUGAUGCUUAAUCUGUACUUUCAGUAGAAUUAUUGAGUAAAAGUUUACGAACUUCUUUUUUAAGUAACCCGAGGUACACAACAGGUGAAGUGAUUAAUUUAAUGUAAGUGGAUGCAGGGAAACUACAAUUCGUAACAUAUUAUUUGGGGGUGGCGUUAUUGGUUCCAAUUCAGUUGGUAGUCACAAUAUAUUUAAUGUUUGUCUAUAUUGGAUUAUCAUUUCUUGGAGGGUUUGGUAUAAUGUUGUUGACAGCAGUUUGGAACACGAUGAUAGGUAAGUUCUUAAUGAAAUACUAAUAAACGAUGAUGAAGGAGAAGGACAAGAGAACGAAUUGUGCGAAUCAGAUAUUCUCAUAGAUUAAGUUCAUUAAAAUAAAUGCCUUUGAAGAGUUCUUUAGAGACAAGCUAUUCAAAUUGAGGAAGGCUGAGAUCAACAUAACUAGAAAGCGUUACUUUGGAACGGCCUUUUACAUCUUUUCAGUUUGGUUAAGUCCAUUAUUAAUAUUGUGUGGAACAUUCCUGAUGCACAUUUUAUUAGGUCACCAACUCAGUGCUGGGAGUACAUUUGCAAUAAUAAGUCUAUUCUAAAUGCUACAAUAACCUUUGCUACAAUUACCAAUUGCAAUCAAUGAGGUUAUGGCUACUAAUAUCAGUCUAAAAAGAAUUUAGAAGUUCUUGUUUACUGAGGAACUAUAAUCUGAUUGCAUCCAGUAUGAUUAUUAUGACGAUGAAAAAUCAAUUGAAAUAAGAGACGGUAAUUUCUAUUGGUCAGCACUUAAGAAGGAGGAAAUUGAUGAGUAGGAGAAGAAGGAGUUGGAGAACAAAAAGAAGAAGAGGAAACAAAAGAAAAGUAGCAAGUUGUAGGUAGAAGAGUAAAGCCACAAGGAAGACGAGAAGAAAUAGGUCCUGUUUAAUAUCAAUAUGGAAAUAAGGAAGGGUCGGAUGAUUGGUAUAAUAGGGGAUGUGGGAUCAGGCAAGACAUCAAUCUUAUAGGCCAUAAUAGGGGAGAUGUUGUAUAAUAGUGAGAAUCCUCCUAGGGUUAAAGUGGGAGGUUCAUUGGCAUAUGUGGGCCAGAAGUAUUGGAUACAAAACUUAACUGUAAAAGAAAACAUAUUAUUUGGAUUAGAGUAUAGGGAGUAGAAAUACUAGAAUGCCCUCAAAUACUCCUGCUUAUAGUAGGAUUUGAAGAUAUUAAUUAAAGGAGAUGAAACCAUGAUUGGAGAAAAGGGAAUAAACCUCUCUGGUGGUUAAAAAGCAAGAAUAAGUUUGGCUAGGGCUAUCUACAGUGAUGCUGACAUAAUCUUAUUGGAUGAUCCAAUAAGUGCAGUUGAUGCUCAUGUAGGUAAUUUCAUUAUGAAUGAAUGUUUGAAUGGAUAUUUGAAAGAUAGAACAAGAAUUCUUAUCACUCAUGCUUUGAACAAUCUGCAGUAUGUGGACUGUGUGUAUCUAUUGGAAAAUGGGGCAAUAAUCGAGAAGGGUACUUUUGAGGAAAUAAAAUAAUCAGCCAGUUUCAAUUCGAUAUAUUAGAAGUUAUACAAACAUAAGCAUUAAAAUGAGGAUGAUGAGACGAUUGAGUAAAAGGUGGAGGACUUGCCUCAAUUGGUGAAGUAGGUCUCUUAGAAGGAGGAGAACAAGAGUGAUUAGAAUAAUGAGUUGAUGUUGGAUGAGGAUAGAGAGAGGGGCAAGUUGGCAUUGGAAACUUAUAAGGAAUAUUUUAAAUUAACUGGAUAUUUCAAUAUUUCUUUGUUGGUUAUUAUUUAAAUUUGUUGGAUUGUAUGCUAUUUUGGUACAUCCAUUUUGAUCGCUCUUUGGACUUCUCGUGCAGAGGAAGAUGAGGAUAUAGACAAUUAUAAAUAUUUAGAGGUUUAUUUCUAUUUCUCUUUGGGACAGGGAAUAUUUGCAUUUCUGAGACCUUUUUUAUUGGUUUCUGCUGGAACCAGAACAUCUGAUAAGAUUCACACAAAAAUGAUAAAGUAAAGAGUAUAAUUAAUGAUAGUUGUCUUUUAUAUGCUCCUCAAUGCUCAUUUUUUGAAAGAGUGCCUUUGGGUAGAAUAUUGAAUAGAUUGACGAAGGAUUAAAAUUCAUUGGAUAGUGAAGUAUAUUGGGGAUUGAGUUGGUUCUUUGUGGCUAUCAGCCUAUUGGCAGCCAACUUGACUAUUUAUGUCUAUUCGAGUACUGCUUACAUGUUGAUUCCCUUGUUUUUCUACUUUUGUCUAUGUUGGUGGAUUCAACAGUUAUAUGUGACAGCAAGCAGGGAAUUAUAGAGAUUAGAAUCAAUCUCUAAAAGUCCAAUAGUGAGUUUCUUUGGAGAAUGCAUAAAUGGUUAGAGUUAUGUGAGGGUGUUUAAAAAGGAAAGCAAAUUCAUCGAAAAGCAUUGUGACAAUAUGGAUGUGAAUCGAAGAGUGUUUUUAGAAUUAAUAGGAUCUUAGACUUGGUUCAUGUUGGUAUUGGGAUUAGUAAGUUUGGUUGUGAAUGCCAUGGCCAUAGUGUAUUGUGUAUUCUUCUCCUUUUCUAAUCCCUCUUUGGCUGGAUUGCUAUUGACCUAUGCAACUUAAAUAGAUGGCAAUGUUUCAGAAUGUGUUCAAUCCUUUAGUUAAUUGUAAUUGGGAUUAGUUUCAUUUGAGAGAUGUUUGGCAUUCACCAAGAUAGAACCGGAACCAGGAUACAAGGAAUUAGUUAAUAAUCACUUAGUGGAGGUUUCUCAUUAGGAGAACUAUUUAGAUCAUUGGCCAAAAGAGGGAAGGAUAGAUUACAUUAAUUAUUCAGUCAGAUAUCGAGAAGGAUUGAAGCCUGCAUUGAGGAAUCUCAAUAUUACCAUUGAUCCCUAAGACAAGAUUGGAGUUGUAGGCAGAACUGGAGCAGGUAAGUCUACAAUGACUCUAACUCUAUUGAGAAUUCUGGAGGCUUUGGAAGGCAAAAUUGUUAUUGAUGGAGUUGAUAUAUCCACUAUUUCAUUGAAAUAGCUUAGAGAACAUAUCACUAUGAUUAUGCAAGAUUCGACAAUAUUUGAUGGAACUCUAAGAGAGAACAUUGACCCUUUAAAUCAAAGAACAGAUGAAGAAAUCAUCAAUGUAUUGGAGCAAUGUUGUUUGAAGGAUUUGAUAAAGCAGAGGAAUGGAUUAAAUACUUAAAUUAGUGAAGGUGGUGACAAUCUGAGUUCUGGAGAAAAACAAUUAAUAUGCAUAGCCAGGGCAGUUUUGAAAAAGAGCAAGGUGGUAUUAAUCGAUGAAGCCACUGCGAAUAUAGAUGUUGAGACUGAACACAAGAUAUAAGAGACAAUCUUGAAUGCAUUUCGUGAUUGCACUGUUAUCACAAUUGCUCACAGAAUAAACACUAUUUUGCAUUGUGAUAAGUAAUUAGUUAUUUUUUGAGAUUUUAGAAUAAUUGUCGUUGAUUAAGGGGAAAUAAAGGAGUAUGGCAAGACCAAUGAAUUAUUGUUGUUAAAGGAUUCCAUUUUCUAUGGAAUUUAUUAAGAAGCAUUGAAACAUAAAUGAUAUCCGG